AUGGUCAAGAACGCAGUCAAGAACACGAACAAGCGCGCGGCCAUCAACAUGGCCACCAACAUCGAUAUCCUUUUCGGUAACAACCCCGGCAAAAUCAUCCUCGUCCCCUUCGCCAUCGACGAAACCAUCAUCUUCCUGAUCCAACGCAUCGCCACCAACCUCAAUGAACAUGACUCGGACUUCCACUACCAGGACCUCUACCUCAAUGGCGUCCUUCUCGAGUACCCCCAAUAG